AUGUUGGAGAUAACAGACCUGCAGAAGAUUGGGUUGGGUUUGUCGGGCUUCGGGAUCGCAUUCCUCAUGUUGGGAGUGAUGCUGCUCUUCGAUAAGGGACUGCUGGCCAUCGGAAACAUACUGUUCCUGUCGGGCCUGGCCUUCAUAAUCGGUUUGGAGCGGACCUUCUGGUUCUUCUUCCAGAAGCACAAAUGGAAGGCUUCGGUGGCCUUCUUCUCGGGCAUUACGGUUGUACUGAUCGGAUGGCCGCUCAUCGGUAUGAUUGUGGAG